AUGCGAGCCAUUCCCAAACCGAGCGCAAAGCCAGGAAUUGCCAAUGGUGAGAAUGCAGCAGAAGAGCCCGGAAGCCUUGCCGUGCACACCAACUGGCCAGAUGAGAAGCAUUGCAGUGAAAGCAAAGUGACCAAUAACCCUGCCCAACUGGCCGAUGUGGGUUUUGCCUUUCAUGAGACACCGACCCCCGGAAUUGGGGCUACUCCGGGUAACCAUAAUGCCCUGGAUGAAGCUGUGAUCAAUCCUCCGAAUCAUGAACCAUCAAAUACCGAAACCAUGGCCAAACCAUCACUGAUGACAGGUCCAGAUGCAGCCCAAGUUCAUGAAUAUCCGCAUCAGCCGAAGAGAAGUCAUGCCGAAGCCACUGCAGCAGGAUCCACCAUUCCCGGAAUCAGGGCCACUCCGGGUGACAAUAAUGCCCUGACCAACACUGCCCAGGCUAUCGAGGGUGGACAUUGUGCUGAUGCAGCCACCCCAUGCAACACCCCACAGAUGCCAGGAGAGACCAAUUCGAAGCACGCCACCGAUGGCGCAUACACUGAGCAACCACCAGAACUGCCGUGUGCUGAGUGGAAAGGUUGCCCAUCACCGAUUGCCAAAGGUAUGAAUGAUGAUGAAAGUCCCUCUUUGAGCAUACCUCAUCAAGAUGCCACAUCCAAUGCCUUUGCCGAAAAACGUGAGACACAUGAACACACCAAGCAUCAUGGAAGCAGCAUAGAUGCACACCCAACAGAAUCCACGUUUGACCAUAAGAUGCCACCCGGAAUUGAGGCCACUCCGGGUCACCAGAAUGCCUCAACCAUGUCCCCCGGAGGACCCAUCACAGAACAGGUUGCCUGCCCUGCUAAUGGAGGGGUCAUUGGGUUUGCUGCACAUCCCCACAAGAAACGUCGCUGUGCUACACCAGGCCAUGGCGAAGGUACCAAUGUUGCACCAUCGACUUUGACCAAAGGACCGACCGAAGCAGUGCCGAUUCCAACCCAAGCUUUGGACCACCAUGACAGCCAGUGUCACCAUGUGCCUCAGCAUCCGCUGACCAAAUGGAAUACCAAUCAAGACACAACACCUGCAGAGAAGAGUGAACAAUGCCAGGAACAUGACACACACGGAGUGCCAUUGCAUGACCAACAGGUUUUGGUUCUGGUUGAAGAUCCGAUGACUUACCAAAGCUGCCCAUUCACAGAUCCUGCUAGCCAACCACCCUCCAUUGCCAUGCCAAACACGCGCCUUCAGGCAUUGUGGAAGCAACUAGCUUGGGUUGCUUUGGAUGAAAUGGAAUUUUUCCUGGAGGCCACCAUGGUCGAUGAUGCGGCGAUCCCUUUCCCACCAGCCAGCUUCCGAGCUGGUGAAGAGGUCAAAGAGCGUGGUGAAAGUUGGCUGCAGCCAGCCUUCGACUCUUGUGAACACUCAGGAGGUACGCCAUGGUGUUCUGCAGCAAUCGUUGCCAACCAUUGGAUCCCUGUGAUUGUAGUUCAGCAAGGAAAUACCAUUCACUUUCAUACUACCCCUGAAGGGUCGUGUUUCGUCCAGGUUGCGGAAGCCCUCACCCACCAACAGGGGAAGACAUCCGAAGUGAAGCAAACACUCCUGCCACAAGCAUUUCCUGCCGACUGUGGUUUUCAGAGCCUUGCUUGGUUAAUUGCCAUCUUGCAAGACAAUCCGGUCGAACCGCUGCCUCCCAACAAAGCAGCUCAGUGGAGAACGUUGUUUGCUCGGGAGCUCCUCACCCAUCAGACAGGCCACCAAAUUGUCACCCGCCUUGAUCUUGGAGGCCACCUUGAAAGCCAUGAGAUGCAGCAACUUGUGUCCCUUCUCAACUCACAUGGGGUAUGGCCAGACCGAGCCAAUGAACGAGCAAAUCAAAUUGUCUCCAAGAUUUCCUUCCAGACAGUACGAAGUAUCCUGAAAUCGCCACGACCGUGGCAAGACCCCAAAGCCGCUGCAAACAAUCUGUCCCCGCCGUUGAAGUUGAUCAUGACAGAUGAACUCAACAAGCAGAUUGAAACCCGAGUCCAACAACGGAAGUACGGCAAGAAGACCACAGCCAGAGGACGAAGGAUCGAUGGCCCGAAAGACAAUCCUGUCUUAACAGCAGCCGAAGUUCAGGUACCGCAUGGAGUUUUCCGCCAACAAGAUGGCACAGUUUUGGGGCCCCUGCACAUCAAUGAAGUUGGACCGACUGCUAAGGGAAUUUUGGUUCUGGAUCAAGAAGAUUGCCAAGCCACCCUGCGACUUCCUAAGCCAGUUUCGCCACAUGGUUUGGCAGUGAUUGUUCUGGCCACAGCCGAAAAUGCAACAGCCCAUCCAGUGGAUUCCAUUCGGUUCCCAGCGCUGUGUUUGUCCACCCAAGAACCUUUGAUUGCCUCAGGGUACAUGUACCAACUUGGAUCCCAAACAGUGACACGUCAUGAACCCCAGACGAAGCUGGCCAUUGAAGAACGUGAGACUGAAACAGUGCGAUGCCUAGUCUACAAAGACCAGGCGGGCUCCUUUUGGGACGAUAUCCAGUCACACCCAGUGAAACAUAUCUUCCAGGCCGAACCGCUACUCAACAGUGCAUCCGGGUCUCAGUCUCCUGUGAUCGAUGUAUGGGACCGCCAAUGGGUCAGCAAGAAGUAUGAGAAAGUUCGUCCAGCCAACGCAGAGGUCUUUCUGUUUUCCUUUCGAAUGAAUGCAGAACCACUGGAAGAGUUGGUUGCCAAAAGUGGUCAGACUGGAUUUUUUUGGGAACCAAGGUCAUCCUGCGGUAGAUACCCAAAUGCAAAUUACCAUGUCACUUGGCUCCAAAGCAUGACCUUUCAGGAUGCCAAGUACGCUCAGCAGACAUCACCACAGGCCACCUCCUUAGCCCGUCACGGCGAUCGUUUUGGCCUUAGAUGCGACACCAUGAAUGCACAGGAGAUCCAUGACAAACACAGACCCAACACACCCAUGCUCCUGGGCCACACCAAGACCACAUACAUGAUCGGCCCACUUCCGUACUCCACUACGAGAGAAGCCUUGAUCAAACUUUUGAAAGCUUGGGAAUGGGAUGCCAAACCUUUGCAACCCAGGGUUAGAAGUCAAGACGGCCAAGGAGUCAACUGGUCCAUUUUGGCCACUGAAGAUCCUGGUCAUUGGGUAUAUACAUUGCAGCAUGGUGACGUUUUGGUGUCCAAGGUUCAACCAGAGAAGCAAACCAUCAGCCCACCGCAGUACUCCAUCGUGGCUUCCAAGAAGACCAUUGAACAUCUACAGGCCACUGCAAUUGACCCUUGGAUCAACUAUGACCCGUGGAAGCCAGAGACUCAGAAACCCAAGCCUGGGAACGCCAAAGUCCCCACAGGUACCAGCCAAUCAGCAGGACUGACACCAGCCCAAUUGGCCACCCUGGAGACCAACCUCACCAAAAGCCUUGCCCAAAACCUGAAGAAAGGCUCAGAGGAAGACAUCAAUAUGGAACAGUCAGCCAUGGAAAACCGCAUUGCACAGCUUGAGCACCAGUUCAAUCACAUGCAACAGGCCCAAGCAUCUACCGACACUAAGGUGUCACAGCUGCAGACCCAGAUCGACCAACAAAGCCGGUCGCUUGGGGAUAAGAUCGAUCAGAAGAUGACAGAGCAGAUGGACCGCAUCGAGCAGUUGCUGUGCAAGCGGUGGAUAACGAUGGGCAAUGUCUAUGGAUAUAGUGAACGCUCCCACUCAGUCGAAGUGCAACAACAGACUGCCCAGUUGCUUGAUGGACUCACGAGCAGAGUGGUUGACGGUGAUUUCCAAUCCCAGCUUUCCAUGACAUGUGUGCAACACAAUAGAUGGACCAAACAGAUCCGCAGACUGCAGCAUAUGGCUAGAUGUAACAUGCAUGGCAGUGUCACCAACAUGGAACAUCGCGCCUCCUUGUGGGGCAAGAUUCGCCAUGCUCCUGGUUUCCCUGGUAGUUUCCCGGCGUGGUGGGCGGCCUUGCCCAAACAAUUCUUAGAGACACCGCCUUUGCUUUCAUGUACUCCUCCUAAUGCAUCGGAAGCCAAUGCGAUCUACUUGGAAUUUAAGCGGGUUUAUAAUGCCUUGGAAGCCAGCCUCACCCAGGCCAAAGCCAUUCAUGCAGUUGAACGUCGGAGUAGAGACCCGCUGUUGAUCUACCGAGACCUUCAAAAAGAAAGAGCCGAGCCUGUUCAAACGGUGGUAGUAGAAACAAAUCUUGACAUCACUCAGGUUGAUCAUGUAGAUGAACACCAAGCCAUUGUUAGCUUAGCUGCCCCAUUGCCCACUAGCAUGCAUAGUGUCCCGGUCCAAGGGGUUGAAGUGGCCAUCACCAUGGUUGAUGACUGCAAAGUCAAGAUGCAUCCGUCUGCAGCCGCAGCAUGCUCAUCUCAUUUAGUAGUUCAUCACACUUUGGCCAAUGUCACGGAGGUGUUGGCUGCUUUUGAAACCGAAUGGGCAGCUCGAUGGCAAAGACAAGUUGAUCAUCACAGAGAGCACUGGGAGGCCAUCAUUGACUUCAUGCGCCACGCCAUACCGGCCAGGGAAAUCCACUUUCCUCCCAUCACAGCGGAAGCCCUGGUCAAGACAGUUGCCUCCAAACGAAAACAUGCCGCCGUUGGUCCAGAUGGAGUGUCAAAAACAGAUAUCCUUCAUAUGCCUCAGUCUGCCUUGGAUGACAUGACCACCCUGCUGGCCCACAUAGAAGGAGGGAUGGCAUGGCCCACACAGUUGGUCACCGGCCACGUGGCCGCACUGGCCAAAACGCCCAUGGCCCAAAAAGUCAGCCAAUAUCGCCCCAUAUGUGUUUUCCCUAUCUUGUAUCGUGCGUGGGGCAGCCUGCGCGCACGACAGUGCUUGCAGACCUUGCACCUGACGGAGUCCCUGCGCACCACUAUGAAAGGUUUGGCCAACACCGAUGUGGUUCAAGCCCAUGCACAGACUCAGCAGCAAGAGUCAGUACUGGAUGAGUGGGCAGUACAAGGGAAUUCAGCAGCAGACGCUCUAGUUGCAGUGGACCCAGGAGUACUUGCUCUGUCAGCUAUCUCCACCGAAGCACUGCCACAAAAGUUGCAGACAGAAGAGGCCUUCGAGAGGGAGAUGUCCAACUUCGACCCGGUGACUCCGGGCCGCGCCUUCCAGGCCGAGUGGGCAAAGUGGCAGAAGCAGCUGCGGGAGUGGCGUCAGUCUUAUGAUGAUUGGUGUCAAGUGAUCCAACAGCUUCAAGAAUGGGAUGAAAAGGGCGUCCACGGGCAGCUGGCCUCGAUCGAUCCCAACUUUGACGUCUUUGCGGUGGAGAACAUCAUGGAUAUCGGAGAAGGUGAACCUCUAUUUGGCAACUUCGAAUAUGAGGAUUGGCUGCUGUUGAGUACCAAGGUGGAACUUCAUUUGUUGGUGCACCAUUUUCGAGACGACACGGGUGGUGCUGUUCUCGACGAGUCGAACUUGCAGCACUACUACAAGACCUAUUUUCGCAAGGAGCUGAAGUUGGAUGACUACGGUGCCCAGAGACCCAGCGAGCUGCUGAAGCUGGUGAAGGAUUCAGUGCACCUGACGGAGGGUUUGAUGGACUUCAAGCAUCCGGAGGAGACGCCCUUCGUGCACUUCCUGAAGAUGACCGAGCAGUCUCGACGGGAGCGCUAUCAAGCAUUGGAGGCUGGCGAUGAAAACGUGGCGCUGAAGUUUCCGGGUGCUGAGAAGGAAAGAGAAGCCAAGAAGAAACAUGCUGCCAGAAAGGCCAAGGAGUCGCAGCCUCCCUUGGAGCGUCGCAGUUCCGCCAAAGCAGCGACCACGGUUGAUGGUCGAGACCGCGACCGUGAGAGGCAUGGCCCACGCGAACGCGCAGAGAAGGGUUCCCUUCGCGACAAGCGCCCCGAGCGAAACGAUGCGCCACGGGAACGUUAUCCGGAGAGGGAGCAUAGGGACAGGGAUCGCUACACGGAGCGCGGCCGGAACGGUGCGGCGUUGGACCGCUCCCCGCGCGGAUAUCGGCAGAGUCGAUCCAGAGAUCGAGGGCGAUACGGCGAAGCAGAGUAUCGGAGUGAACGGCCCUAUGGGACCCGAAGUGAUCGUGCAGAAAGUGACUACCGGAGCGACCGUCCAACGACGGCACGAAGCGCCCCCAUCGGAGCGCGCUGCCCUCCAGCCCCACCAGCGCCCCCACGAGCGUAUGAUACCGCAGGCCGGCGCUCCCGCAGCCGCCGCCGCUCGCCGCCGCGCACGGCCUUCAGCGGACCGAUCCGGGCACCGGCGGUGGCUGCGCCACCAGCGCAGGUCUAUAGCCGUCCCAGCACCGGAGCUCCUUCGGCCUCCCCUUCGGUCCCUGCGGUCCCGAAGGCGGUCCCGAAGGGGGGCCCUCCGGUGCGAGCUCGACGAGCAGCAUACCUGCAGGAAGGCCUGGUAGCAAGGGCGGCCCGCGACGACCUCUCAGAGAUUUGGACCCGCUGGAUGCCUUCAUGGCUGGAAUGGAGCAGCACGGGGAGGCCUUUGCCACAGGUGAGCUGGAGCAAAAUAAGUCCAGGAAGCCGGAUCCAAUGGCUCCCCCGAGCCAUGCGGGCCGCACGUUUCGCGAUGAUGGACAUCGAGAGUCGGAUCGAGGAUACGGGCCUCAUGGAUCCCAUAGCAGACCAGAAUCUCGUGGUGACAGUCACCGUGCCGAUGCGCCGCGUAGCUACAGCCGCACCAAUGGCCAAAGCUCGGCUCAAAGCUAUGCACGACCUCGCAGUGAGGACAGCCACAGGAGGGAAACCUAUCGUGGGACUGGGCACUCACGCACGGAUAGCCGAGAGAGAAGUUAUCGCGGAAAUGCUUCUCAACGCACUAGCACUGGUGAUGUCUAUCAACGCAGUAGUGAUGUCUAUCAACGCAGUGGUGAUGUGUACCAACGCAGUGGUGAUGUCUAUCAAAGCAGUGGUGAUGUGUACAAGCGCAGUGGUGAUGUCCAUCAACGCAGUGGUGAUGUUUACCAACGCAGUGGUGAUGUCCAUCAACGCAGUGGUGAUGUUUACCAACGCAGUGGUGAUGUCUAUCAAAGCAGUGGUGAUGUGUACAAACGCAGUGGUGAUGCCUAUCAACGCAGUGGUGAUGUUUACCAACGCAGUGGUGAUGCCUAUCAACGCAGUGGUGAUGUUUACCAACGCAGUGGUGAUGUCUAUCAACGCAGUGGUGAUGUGUACAAACGCAGUGGUGAUGUCCAUCAACGCAGUGGUGAUGUUUACCAACGCAGUGGUGAUGCCUAUCAACGCACGAGUGAUGUACGCGACAGCUCUCGAACUGGUGAUGGCUAUCGUGCAGCUGAUUCGGGUGGAUACUCCCGACCUGAAUCCAAUGGCUACCACGAUGGCAGAUCUGGCUAUGAGCGUGGCAGCGAGGUCGCCUACCGGAGUGUCCCACCCCCAGAUUAUGGGACGGCUCACUCUGCGGCGCCUCCCUUUGGCGCAGAGUAUGGAAGAACUGCCACGGGCCGGAGCACCUACUCGGGCCGCGUUAACCCGCAGGACUUGUAAAACGGCAGAGGGUUUGAGCUGGAUCGCAGAGAGGCGUACUGUAUUGAAUAGAGUCAUUCAGACGCCUCAAAAAAAAUAUAUAGCAAAUAUAUAUAUAUAUAUAUAUUUAUAUUUGCUAUAUUUGCUAUAUAUAUAUAUAUUUUUGAAAUAUAGCAAAUCAAUACAGAUCAAUGGAUGA